GACGCUCCGUCACCAGUGGCUUCCAGUCCAUCGUCUAGCCUCCAUUCGAGCUAUUCGUACUUUUCGCAGCGCUCACACCUAAUAUCUAUUCAAUCAGCACGGCUCAUGUCAUUAAUUAGUGUCUUCAUUAUCGCCCUAGUGAUCCUGCAAUGAUUUGAACUCGACUUGUCACGUUUGCACCUCAACUUCAACCAAACAAAAGGGAAAAUGGAAAAAUUUCAUAACGAUAGCGUCUGGUCGAUUUCUCCGGUCAAUUGCACCGAAGGGUUUAACUGUACCGACUUGACUGACGGUGGCCUCAACGACCUCGUUCGCAACGAAACGUGCACGAAUGACUAUUGCGAUACGGAUGCCGACUACAUUGAUCGGAUCGAAGCGUACAUGUUUCCAUCCGUCUACGAGUGGAUUCUGAUUGGUCUCCAUUGUGUGGUAUUCAUCGUCGGUUUGGCGGGUAACUUCCUCGUCUGUUUGGCCGUUUACCGCAAUCACACGAUGCGCACCGUCACCAACAUGUUUAUCGUCAAUUUGGCCAUCGCCGAUUUUCUUGUCAUCUUCCUCUGCCUCCCACCUACCGUUUUAUGGGACAUCACCGAGACCUGGUUCAUGGGUAACACGCUCUGCAAAAUCAUCCCCUACUUUCAGACUGUCUCGGUAUCCGUCUCUGUCUUGACCCUGACUUUCAUCUCCGUCGACCGUUGGUACGCAAUUUGCCACCCACUCAAGUUCCGCUCGACCAUCGGUCGGGCCAAAACUGCCAUCGCUGCUAUUUGGAUCAUCUCGCUGCUCAUAGACAUCCCCGAGUUAGUGGUGCUGGAAACGCGACCGAGCCGCAACCUGUCGAUUAGCACCGUCUAUUUUACGCAAUGUCAGCCAAGCUGGGAUGAUGAAACGGAUCUCUACAGCCAGCUGGUCAAAUUCGCCCUUCUCUACGCUCUUCCGUUGCUAUUCAUCUCCGUCACUUACUAUCAGAUCGUGAGAGUCUUGUGGCGUUCAGCUCGGCUCGCCAUUACCGGUGGCAACCGCACGGCUGACAACACCGACGAAUCAGCCAACAGCACUACAGUGCGUCUCUUUCCUAAACAACCGAGCAGCAAUCAUCACCAUCAUCACGGUCACCAUGGAACCGGUGGUGGGGGCAAUAAAGACAUGCUCACCGUCAAUUCCAAUGCGUCGAUCGAAUUGCAACUGCGUUCCAGACGGAAAGCGGCCAAGAUGUUGGUCGUCGUCGUCAUCGUCUUUGCCGUCUGCUAUUUCCCCGUUCAUCUAGUCAGCAUUCUCAGAUACACAAUCAAAUUGACGCAGAACGAUUACACGGUUGCCGCUGCUCUCGUCUCCCAUUGGCUGUGCUACUUCAACAGCGCCAUCAACCCCGUGAUUUACAACUUUAUGAGCGGCAAGUUUCGUAAGGAGUUUCGGCGCACAUUUCGCUGCCGUUGUCGCUGGUUGACUGACCAUCUGCCUGGUGGUGGACGCAGUCGUAGUUCCGUGUCCAUGUGCACUGGCGGAUCUCGCCUCAAUCAGUCGAUGAUCGCGGUCGUCCGCGUACCGACAGGGACGACGGCUUUCGCAGCGGCGUUGGCUUCGACCGCGCCGGCUUCGACGGCCGUCGCCACCGAUCGGCUGAUGGCCAGCAACGUGCCGCCUCCCUCGGCCGCAGCCUGCUAUCCGCUCAGACAAUGCCGCUCCAAUCACCCUACUGCACGCUCCGUCAGAACGCUCACUUCAACCACGUAAAGAAUGAAAAGAACAAAACAUCGUCCACUGCACUUGUUUAAUUUUGGCUACUUUUUCUUUUACUAUUCUGAUUCUUUCAAAUUUCGUUGAUUAUGGAACGUUGAUCUCGUCUCAGUUAGGUCGCUUUGUCUUCGUUCAUUUGUCUUUUCGUUGUCUCACGAGUCUCUUUCUUUAUUUGAACGACCCGAAACCCAUCGCGUUGAUUACGUUCUACCACAUCUAUAGGAGGUUGCCAAUUGAGAGGCUGUUAAAAUCGUUGGUAUUUUUUGUUUCGUAAGCUAUCUCUCUUGCUAUACGCAUGAAGUGUGCAUGCCGUUUAUUAUGCACUUUUCCUCUCUUCUGAGUUGGCGUUUUUUGGUUUUUCUUUAAAUAUAACAGUCCCUCUCGGAUGACAUAGUUCGUCGCUGUCUGUCUAUAUUGGCCAUAAAAUAGCGAAAGAGAUGUGUACGUGAUGACAAAGACGUUUUCAUUGGCACAUCAAUGUCUUGUCAUCUAGCCACGAAUAUAGAACGGCAUCUCAAACCAAAAUCACACUAGCAGCGGUUCAGGCAGAAUAUUCAAGACUUGAAACUUGGGAGCGUUUUGAUGAGUAUAAGUCAGUGACGAGCCAAUAUUUGAGGAUGAUUCAUGGACCCAAGUACAUUAGCCGCAUCGUUAGUUUCUUCCCUUACACGGCUAUGCUUAUAAAUUAUUUUCGUCUUUAAUCUCUUUAUUAUUUAUUAUUACAAAAAUUGAGUUCAAAACUUUUGUUUCAUGAUAUAAUCAAGCAAACAGGGAAAUCGCUUGAUUCGUAUAGUUCAUUGCUGGCUAUUAAGUCCUAUCGCUCCCUAUUCUCGUGAACCAUAUCAUCACUUGAUCUCUAUGGCCGUUCGUUAAUCAAAAAUCACCUGUCCCUCUCUCUCUCAAAUGAAAUGAAAAGUGUUGACAACUAAAGCGUUAAGAGAAUCUCAAGAAUAAAAACUGUUAAGAGAAAACAAACUAAAUCGUUGGCGGAAACUAAUCGCAUUUUAAAUGGAAAGUUAAAGAUACAGCAGAGUCUAUAAUUGAUUGAUUACGAUGAUUUGUUCUCUUUCGUCUAAUUGGUGCUUGCAUGAUUUGUCCCCACCUCAAUCACCGUUUUUAUUUAUCGCUUUAGUUCCCACCCAAACUCUUAACGCCGUGCGUGUAUCAUACAUAACCUGCGCAUUGUAACAGAGUUCACGUUCUGGCUUUUCACGUUUCUGUUUUUAACCGCUCUAUUGCUGGUUGUGUCCUUACACUAUACAUAUUUGUCAAAAUAAAACCAAACAAAACUAGAA